AGCAAACUUAAAGAUACAGUUGGCUAAACUGGAUAGCGAGGCCUGGCCUGGUGUGCUAGAUUCUGAACGGGAUAGAUUAAUGUUAAUCAAUGAGAAGGAGGAACUUCUAAAGGAAAUGAGAUUCAUAAGCCCUAGAAAAUGGACUCAAAGUGAAGUGGAGAGACUGGAAAUGGAAAGAAAGCGGCUAGAGGAAGAUCUUCGGACUGCAAGAGACACACAGAGCAAAGCUUUAACGGAAAGGUUGAAAUUAAAUAGUAGGAGGAACCAAUUAGUUAGAGAACUAGAAGAAACAACACGAUUAGUGGCAAUGCUGCACAUCCAGUUGAAAAACCUCUCCUCAAGCAUGCUUUCCCUGUCCUCCGGCAGCAGCCCAGGUUCUCUCGCAUCUAGCAGGGGCUCUCUUGUUGCCUCAAGUCAGGAUUCUUCCACUUCAACCAGUUUUACUGAUCUGUACUAUGAACAGCUUGGACAGGUGGAUUCUGACUACCAGAAUAAAAUGGACCUCUUGCUCUUGGAGAGAGCUGCUGGAUUUCGCCCUUCAGGCUGCAUCACCACAAUCCAUGAAAAUGAGGUGGUAAAAACACAAAAAACUGAUGCCACUAGCCGUUUGCAGGUUCUGAGGUCCUUGUCUGGGACGCCCAAAUCAUUGACAUCUCUGUCUCCAAGAUCAUCGCUUUCUUCUCCCUCUCCACCAUGUUCUCCACUUGUCACAGACCCAUUCUUCACAGGAGAUUGCUUCAUGAGCCAUAUGGACUUUGAAGAUACAGAAAUAAACAGUAGUCUCUGUGAACUUAAUCUAACCACUGGAAAUAGCAAGAAGUACAGACUAGAAGAGUGUAGAACUGGAGGGAAACAUCUGGACCAAGGUGUAAAUACCGUUGAAGGGGCUGCACUGAAGGUAGCGUGUGUAUCAGCUGCAGUGUCAGAUGAAUCUGUUGCUGGAGAUAGUGGAGUGUAUGAAGCAUCUGUGCAAAGACCCUGCGUGUCAGAAGGUGUUCCGUUUGACAGUGAAGAUUCAGAAAUAGCUGGCACUGCUAAAGUUCAAAUUGCUAUGAAGUAUGAUGAAAAAAACAAACAGUUUGCAAUAUUAGUUGCCCAUUUGAAUAAUGUGUCUGCUCUUCUGCCACAGCAAGACCAGAAAGUGAGCAUUCGGCUGGCUGUUCUUCCUUGCUCUGAAAGCACAAGCUGUUUGUUUCGCUCCAGAUUGAUGGAGGCAUCAGACAAUCUUGUAUUCAAUGAAUUGUUUUGUGUUGCAAUCUCCUACUCCGCCUUGCAACAGAAGACUUUGAGGGUUGAUGUCUGUGCUGUGGAUAAUUGCCAUCUUGAGGAGUGCUCUGGUGGUGCACAAAUUAGCCUUGCUGAGACUUGCCGAUUGGGAGAGAGGUCAAGUCGUUGGUACAACCUCCUUAGCUAUAAGUAUCAAUCGAGACAAAGCAAUAAAAAUAAGCAAGAGGGUGCCUGUUCUAAACUUUCCUGUACUGAGAAAAUGGAUUCUGUAUCUGUGCUGCUGGAACAGACUGCUGUUGAACUAGAAACUGUAGAGAGAGAGUUAGAAGAAAGCAGAAGCACUUUACAUACUAGUGAAAAUUGGCAAGAUGAGGAAGAUACUGAACAAGAGCAAGACUGCAAUAGUGAAAAUGAAGUGGAAGAAGAGGAGGAAGAAUUUUAUGGUGAUAAGCUAGUAUGGGGUGCUGAAGAGACUCCCUCAACCUUCUCACAGGCACAUUUAGCAACUCUCAAGGUGGAUAAAGAGACCAACACAGAGAGUUUCACACAUUCUUCCAUCGUAGUUCGUCCAAAAGACAAAAGAUCAUCAAACCCACCCCAAACUCCUUUUGUUAGAGGCAGCACAAUAAUACGUUCCAAAACUUUUUCUCCAGGACCACAGAGCCAAUAUGUGUGUCGGCUGAAUCGCAGUGAUAGCGAUAGUUCAACUCUGUCUAAGAAACCACCCUUCAUCCGAAAUGCCGUGGAGAGGCGAAGUGUCAGGAUGAAAAGGUCUUCAAUUCAGAACAUUGGAGGUGAACGUCUAAUCCGUACCUCUCUAGACCUUGAACUGGAUUUGCAGGCUUCAAAGACCUGGCACAAUCAGCUGAUACACGAAAUCUCUGCUUUGAAACAGCUGAAGGAACAAUUAGAACAAGCUCAAAACCAGGGGGGGAAUGAGCUACCUGACUUUGUAAAGGAGGAUGAGCAAUUUCAGAUCCUGCUGAGGCUAGUGGAGAAACGGGCUGAAAAAGAUGAGCGGAAGUGUGAGUUGAAAGCUGAUAAAAUGAUGAGAGCAGCUGCUAAAGAUGUACAUAGACUACGUGGGCAGAGUCGGAAGGAGCCCCUGGAGGUGCAGUCAUUUAGAGAAAAAAUGGCAUUUUUCACACGACCAAGGAUCAACAUUCCAGCUCUUUCUGCGGAUGAUGUUUAAUCUCUUUUUAAGUAUUUCUUUCUCCGGCCACGUUGAAAAGUAUCAUUUGGUUUUGCUGAAGUUUAUUUAUGUGGUAUUAUAAAGGUACCAGGUCAUUUGUAUUUUGUUGGCUUUGUCAGCUCUCUGCUGAGAUUCUUAGUUUUGAAAACUAAGACUCUUAGCUUUGUGAAAAACAGCAUUAAAAUGACACGAUUACAUCAUUUGUAUAUUUAGCAAUGUAUUUUGGGGGAUGAAUGUUUAAAUAUGAACAAAUACAGCUCAAAAUGUUGUUUAAAUAAGACUCCAUUUAGAUGCUUUGUACAGUUCUAUUUUUUUAAAGGAAACUUUACCACAAUAAAAUUGCAUCUGGAUGAACAUCAGUUCUACAAAGCAUAACCCAGCUCUUGUAAGCUUUUGCUAGUUUACAUAUUUUUGUACACAGAAAAGAGGAUGCAAAAAGCCAUUACAAAAUUAAUUUUGAAAGAGCUGACUAUUCCACGAGCUGUGAAACACUUCCAUUGCCUUCUAGGUCAUAAAAAAAUGGGUGUGGAGUUCACACUGCUUUGUGCACUUUAAUUUGGAGAUUCUUUCAGCUCCUUUUUAUGUUUUAUCCCUGAAGUUACAAAAGUCCAAUGACCUCUCUACUACAGGAAGAGAGAAGUUGGGAACAUCCAUUUUAGCCUUUCCAUUGACUCCAUUUUUUGCUUAACAAUGUCCUGAUUCACUAACAGUGAAACGACUUCAUUAAAAAAAAUACUUAAGUUUAUUUCUUACAUGUUCAAGUCAUUGUAGGAUUACAUUAUGAUUUGUUUUCUAAUGGCCUAUGAAGAACAGCAACCAGGUGCUCAGGAGCAGCAGCAGCAGAAGGCCCUUGCUUUCACAUCUUGCCUGUGAGCCCCCAAAAGCAUCUGGUAGGCCACUGCGAAUAGCAGAGCGCUGGACUAGAUGGACUCUGGUCUGAAUCCAGCAGGCUCUUUCUUUUGUUCUUAACCAUUAAGGGGAUGUCAAAAUAAAGCUUUUCUUUGCCCAUUUUUUUUCAUAAAAUCCAUAUUCUUAAAAAAACACUUGUAGUUUUGUUCUCUCACCAUGUAAUUCAAAGAUUUAUUUUUACCCCUUUUGAAAACUACUGCUGAACAAGAUGUUACGAAGCCUUAUCUAAGAUUACCAUAACUUUGGCUCAUUCUGCACAACACAAAUAAAACAUCUUGCAGAUGUUUUAGAAAGAACCAUUUUGACUUUUUGACUUGUCCACAUAACAUGUGGGGGGAAGCAUUCCAGGAGAAAACAGUUAUUUUGUCCACUAGCCUCCCAGUUUUCCCUUUCACUUUGUGCACUUCAUGCCCACUGUUUUCUGCCACUUCAGGCUUCUCCAUGCCACCCGCCAUUUGCAGAAGAUUCCCACAGAUGUUUGCUCUUCUUUCAGCUUAUCCGCCUGGCAUUUCUGUUUAUAAAGUACAUUAAUAAAGGUAGUUUUCACUGCCCAUUCUACGCAUGUGUCAUUAUUCCUUUCUUUUUGAUGAGGAGACUUCAAAGUUAGGAAGACUCAUCUCAUAUCGAGUCUUCGUAGCUUCAAAGACACCUCAUUGAAAACAAAAAAAGGAAAAAUGACAUGUGCAGGAUCGGCAGUGAAAGCCAACUUUAUUCAUGUACUUUAACAAUUGAAAUGGCAGGUGGAUGAGCUGUAAGCAGAGCAAAAGUCCAUGGGAACCUUCUGCAAAUGGUGGGUGGCACAGAGAAGCCUGGAGCAGCAGAAAACAGCAGGCAUGAGCUGCAAAAACUGAAAUGAGAGCUUCACAAGUCGGGCUUUCUGCACAGCAAGCAGGAAAUGUUUUCUAAGUCACUUCCAGAAAAAAGUUGCUAAUUUAGCAUUUUCAAAAUAAAACUUUUUCAGAAAAAAUGAAUGUCUUCCACACAUUUUGGGGGGGAAACUAUGGAACUGCACCUCAAGACUUUUUAUUUGUGUUGUGCAGAAUGGCCCUUCGUCCGUAGUUUUCCACAUUGUUGUUACCAUUUGUUUAAAAAUCCAUCUUGUGAAGUAUUUCUCACUUGUGCACACAAAGGUGUUUCCUUGUUUGCACUUUCACAUUCCCACCAAUCUUUCUAAAUACUAGCCCCAUGCAGGUAGUACAUUCUAGACCAAGGGACCAACCUGGUAUGAAUCUGUAGCAUGUACCCCUCUCCAUCACAGCAAAGAGAAAGCAACACAUGAAUUAGUCAAAAUUGCAUUUACCAUUCUUCACGAAGAACCAAAUUUUAAAAUCUGUUUGUUGUGGACAACUCUUGAUCAAGUGGGAUUCAAACUAGUGUAUUUGUUACUUUCUCCUGUUCUCUAACUGUUACUGUCAUAUUUUGUCCCUCACACUCACAUUUGCCUAUAGCCAGCAUGAGAACUUUACUAAUAAUAGCUAGAGUACAAUGGGACAGAAAUACAAUGGCCUUAAAAGGUCCACAAACCAGAUGCGCCUUCAUGAAUAAAGCCAACGAGUGAUUUAAAACUGGAAGUCUCUUGAGAUGUACAUAUUCCUUUUUCAUGUAUAAAACACUUUAUUAGACAAGCACUAAAUGAUUGAAUUUAUAUCUAUUUUAAAUUUUGUCAGGAUUAAGAUUAAAAUUGCUAUAGAAAUUUA